AUCGUAUCGGGUCACUACAGUUUAAAACAACUAUGUCAUUACAUUGUGCAUAUCACAAAUGGAGCGUUAUACCGUUUUUAUGUAUGCCGAUUCUAGUGAAUCUAAUUUUAUUCCUUUGUGUUCUCGGCAUACGUGAGUGUUAUAAUCGGAGGCGAGUGCGCUUGGCGCAUUGAGUGGCGUUACAAUGUUUACAUUAUUGAGACGAUGUGUGGCGAGUGGCGUUGGCUAGCGAGAGGGAGGGGAAGCUGCGAAGAGUGCGGUGCGACGGCCGCCGGCCCACCUUGAGUGGGCAGGUUCGGUGGCUGCAUGGUCGUCCCGUGCGAUUCCGCAGCCGUCACGACCGUAAACUUUUUAUUCAUUAGUGAGCCGACUGCUUCGAGAGCGUGCGUCGUUGUGUCAAUCGGUCCAUAAACAUGUCUUAUCCGAAGACGGCAUGGCGGUGUGUUACUUUAUUAUUGUUUAUAGUGACGUGUGAGGCGGUACUCUCUGGUUUGUACAUUGAUAAUGGCGUGGAUCAAACUGUUAUUCAUCAUUCGAUGACACGCCACGAAAGACUAUUAGUUGAACAUGAAAUUCUGGAUCUUUUGGGUUUAGGGGAGAGACCUCGACGCACUAGUGCGCCGCCUUUAGACCGGUCGGCUCCUAGUUUUCUGCUAGACGUGUACAAGCAACUAGCAGAAGAACAUGAGCAAGCACGGCCGACGCGAAGCUCGGAAAUGGCUUUGAGUGGUGAAGAACAGCAAGCUAUUGAUGAAAGUGAUUUAAUAAUGACAUUUCAAAGUAAAAAGCAUCACCUGGGAGCUCUCCGUCACGGUCACGGACGGCACGUGUGGUUCGAGGUGUCUGCUGCGCCGAGCGACGCGUCCUCCCUGCUGACGGCGGAGCUACGCGUGCACCAGGCCCCCAAGCAUACCGACGAACCCACCAGUCUCUACACUGUCGUCGCGCACAGAGUCCUCAGCGUCGAUAAUGUCGGAGGGCUACAAAUGGAGAGUGUGGCGGCGGUGAAUACGAGCGCGGGGGCGGAGGGCUGGCUGGAAUUGAACGUCACCAAGGCGCUGCGGGCCUGGCUCACCGAGCCCACAGAGAACCGAGGCUUCUUUAUCACCAUCCACCCACAUUCGCAACCAGAACGUCACGUGAAGCCAGAAGAAAUAGGUUUAGAGGAAGCUCGUGGGUCCGGCGCCGAUGGCAAACAGCCUUUCCUGGUGGCGUUCUUCAAGAACGGGCCCAAGCUGGGCGGGUGGGACGCCGGGGCGCGGCGCAAACGUGAAGCAAGGCGGUGGAGGACUCACGGCUAUACUGACAAUUACCUAAGAAAUCCCUUGACCGACACGUCGCAUUGGACAACCAGAAGCUGCGAAAUCCAAACAUUGUACGUGAGUUUUAAGGAUUUGGAAUGGCAAGACUGGAUAAUAGCUCCUGACGGCUACAGCGCAUACUACUGCAGCGGAGAGUGCAACUUUCCACUGAACGCGCACAAAAAUGCUACAAAUCACGCCAUCGUUCAAACAUUGGUGCAUUUACUAAACCCUACACAGGUACCAAAACCGUCGUGUGCGCCGAUCAAGUUGGCGACAAUAUCUGUACUAUAUUACACUGACGACUCCAAUGUAAUUCUGCGCAAAUACAAGAACAUGGUUGUUAAGACUUGCGGAUGCCAUUAGGAAAAAUGUUAUAAUAUGCCGUUUGAACAAAGAAAUGUACAAUUUUAAAUGUAACAUAUUUAAUUCUUACACUUAUA